AGAAGAAACGCAAGAUGGAUCACGGGACCCUCUGCUUUUUUCUCUCCACCUCCCCACCUCUCGCCUUCGUUCAGAUGAGAGAGAGAGCUAGAGCGAGAGAGGGAGAUAGAGAGAGCUGGUGAAGGUGGUAUUUCGAGAAGGUGGUGUCUGGUUUUGGGCUUCAUCUGCAGAUAUAUGUGAGGAUGUUUUUAUCUUUCUAUUACGCUUGUUUUUCUCGACGAUUUCGGUAGUUGUAUCUGUUCUCUUGCUGGAGUAGAGAUUCAGGAAGAGAGAAAGAGAGGGGGAGGGAGGGAGAAUAGGAAAAUGAAAGUCAUCACCGAGGUUCUGAUCAGAGAAGAAAGGCCGCCGUUGGUAGACGUCUCUAACCGGAGCGGCCCUGACGGCUUGCCUUUUCCUUUCUUCUUGUUCGUCCCCACCUAACCUCACUAAAAGGGGUCCAAUCCUUCUUUCCUUUUGCUUUCUGGUUUGCCUGGAUUUCUUCUUCUGAUCUUUCUUUCUCUCUCCUAAACGUAUGAGGAAGGCAAAUACUGUUGUUUUUGAACUACCCACCUGAGAAGAACGAGUUUUCCCUCUCUGCAAACUUUUAUCUGCAAUACUGUUAUUUUCUGUAUUUUGCUUUUCUUCCCCAUCAAUCUCAUCUGCCGAUUUUAUCGGUAUGACUUCUCAGAAUGGGUUUUCUGCACUUUUUUAUUGGUACACACAUGGGAGAACAAUCUCUUCCUAAAUUAACUCUUGGGGUUACCAAAGAGCUGGUUUCUCUUUCUAGAUACUUAGGCCUGGUUUUGCUUGCCUUUCGGAAGUGAAGCUCCCGUGUUGAAAGAUUGAGCUGGCUUUAGCUGUCACCCGUUCCUCGAUGACCAAGAGGAUACACUUUUCUGGACCUCCCACUGUUCUCUCCGUCCUGUGGGACGAUCUUCUCCUCAAAAUUCUCGAGAAAUUCGACGACAAGAAGUCAUGGAGGUUGGUCUGCAAAGAGUUUCUGAAGAUCGAAGCAUUGUCAAGAAAAAGGAUCAGGAUCUUACGGCCGGAGAUACUGCACAGAUCGAUCAAAAGUUUCCCUUCUUUGGAGCAUCUAGAUCUCUCUGCCUGUUCGUGUCUGACGAAUGAGAUGCUAUCAUGGGUUUGCAGUGAUCACCUGAGGCGAGUCAAUCUUAGCAGGGCAACCGGAGUCGAUCACAGGGGGCUUGAGUUUCUUGUCAAGCAGUGCCCCAGUUUGGAAGAGAUCGAUCUCUCUUACUGCUCCAGAUUGGGCGAUUCGGAAGCAGCAGCGUUAUCGCUGGCGCCUAACCUCAAGAGCGUGAUCUUGGUGAAAUGCCUGAAGAUCACCGACAUCGGCCUGGUGAGAAUUGCAGUUGGAUGCAGCAAAUUGCUCUCGUUGAAUCUCAAAUGGUGUAUGGAGAUCUCCGAUCUGGGUAUUGAACUCCUAGCUGCCAAGUGCAAGGAUCUUAGGUUUCUCGACAUUUCUUAUCUUUCGGUGACGGAUAAGGGUCUGAGUUCGAUUGCUUGUAUGAAGAAAUUGGAGGUGUUAGUCAUGGUAGGUUGCAGAAUGGUGGAUGAUGAUGGCCUAGAAUGCCUCAAGCGCUGUAGCUCUCAUAUUCAGAAGGUUGACGUAUCAAGGUGCAUAAACAUCUCAUCUUCAGGCAUGAUGUCAUUGCUGGAGGGGAAUGAGAAAUUGCAGGAACUUGGCGCUGCCUACUGCCUAGAUGAGCUCACCGUUCCAGUGUUGGCAAAGAUAAUUGAGUUCAAGAACCUGAAGACACUCAGAUUGGAUGCCUGUGUGUUGUUUCCAUCAGCAAUUGAAACAAUCAGCAGGAACUGUCGGAGCCUGACAGAGAUUGGAUUGAGCAAAUGUCUGGGAGUGACAGAUGACGGAAUCAACAGUCUCGUUAAAUACUGCAAUGAGUUGAGAAUUCUCGAUGUUACUUGCUGCCACCAACUCACUGACGCUGCUCUCCAUGCCAUUGCCUCUUCCUGUAAAAAACUCAGGUGCCUUAAGAUGGAAUCCUGCAGUUUGUUCACAGGUAACGGUCUAGAGAAAAUUGGAACUGGGUGCUCCUUCCUCCAAGAACUUGACCUUACCGACUGUAACAUAGAUGAUUCAGCACUCAAGCACAUUUCUAGAUGUACAGAAUUGCAGAUUAUAAAGUUAGGCCUCUGUCUUAAUAUUUCUAAUGAAGGAAUCGCCUAUAUUGGUUCAAACUGCAAGGAGCUGCGCGAACUCGAUCUCUAUAGGUGUGCAGGCAUUGGCGACGAUGGUUUAGCAGCAUUGGUCACAGGGUGCAAGAACCUCAAAAGAAUCAAUAUCUGUUAUUGUACAGAAAUCACAGAUGCGGGAUUGAAACAUAUUGGCAGUUUGGAUGAACUAUGGGAGCUGGAAAUGAGGGGACUGACAAGGGUAACAUGCCUGGGCAUGGCUCUGAUGGCGCGUGGAUGUACCAGGCUGGCACAGUUGGAUAUCAAAAGAUGUUAUGCUAUCAACGACUUGGGCAUUUGGGCCUUAGCUCGACAUGCCAUAAACCUGAGGCAGGUAAAUAUAUCAUAUUGUCGGAUAUCAGAUGGGGGUUUGUAUCUGCUAUUUAGUGAGCUUAAAUGCUUGCAAGACGUGAAGAUGCUGCACCUUACUCGUGUGUCACUUGACGGGUUUGAACUUGCAUUGCGAGCAUCAGAGAGUGUGAAGAAGGUUAAAAUGUUGGAUGCUCUAAAGUACCUGCUAUCUCCUGAUCUCAUUCACAUGCUUCAGACCCGGGGUUGCAAAUUUCGCUGGUUGAACAAGCCUCUUCUGUUGUAAGAAAAUUCCGUUUCUGUUCAAAUGUUCAAUGCUGUUAAGAAAAAGAUGAUCUCUGUUGGAUGGAGAUCCAGACGGUUUUCUGCUUAUAAUCUUUGGAUACUGUAGGCAAGACUGGAAGUCCCUUGUUGACCAAUUUAUGUAAAGUUCUACCUUUUGUUCAUCUUAGCCAUAAGAUACCAUAAGGACUAUCGGAGUUUUGUGGGUAGCAUCUAUAUACUUUUAGGCAUUCUAUCAGGUGUAUCUGCAGGCGGUAGUUUAACAGGGAUCCCAAUGUUAGGUUGUCUAUGAUAUAAUCAUAAUUAUUCCCAUGCUUACAUGGGGUCGUCUCUUCUUGGGCUGUGAAUAUUUUAAAUGAAUGAAGAUUUUGUUGUUUGCUAGUGUA